AUGGACGACGCCGCGCGUCCAAACAAAGAAACAUCCCACCAAACCCUCCAAAACAGCCUCGAUAUAUGGACCUCCUAUCUCAGCGCAGAGCCCAAAUCCCACCGACUCCCCCGGCAAGCCAUAAACCUAGAGGCACUUGCCCAUCAAACCCCGCCUUUCCUCGGCGGUGACCAUGACCGUCCACCAGACACGAAAGUCUCAUUCGCCUGCGAGGAGAAACACGCAGGCAAUCUAGUCGUCAACAGCCGAUCAACAUGGAGAACUUCCCCUUCCACUUCCACAUUUACUUCCACUUCCACGUUUACUUCCACUUCCACUGACAGCUGUGCCCUCCCGCCGAGGGUCCUAUCCAAGCAGCUUAUUCUAGGCGUUAAAAGUCGGGUAAGCGUUGAACUGAGAGAAGACGCCCCGUUUGCGGACUGGCCGGGGGUGGAAGGGCUCGAAGGUUAUGACGGGGGGAAUUAUUUGGUUGUGCUUUAUCUCGCGUGGGCUUAUGUAUUGUCUGCGAGGUGGGUUGGGGUGCUUGGGUGCUCUACGGAUCAUGAAUGUCGAGUGAGAUAUGCGGUGCAGGAGGGGACGCCGAGUGAGCAACAGCCCGUGUCUAUGGUUGAAGUUGACAUUGGCGACAAUGCAGACGAGGAGGAGAUUAGCUGGUGGCGUGCUGUUUUGUGUUCUACUGGCGGUUGGAACGCGACGACGACGUAUAACGGACAUGACUAUUUAUCGCCGUGGUCCGUGUCGGCUAAGGAUACAGGGUUGACCUUGACGCAGACACAGACGACAAAUGAGUUCAAGUCACAGUCAAACUCACACCCACCAGGCUCAGCAACAGCUCUCAAAUACCUCUCACGGUUCUGUGUGUCUCAUCGUCUGUACGCGCAGUGCUCCGUCGCUCUAGCCGGGGCACUCUACAUCCCGUUUCUGGGGGGACGAACUGUUUACCUCCCGUUUCCAAAGCCAGCGCCUCUGCCAGAAAUCAAGGACGAUGAUGGUGACACUAUCCCAGACCUUCUCAACCGGCAUGGCGAGCUGCUCCCCCAGUACAUGACACUGAGUUCUAACCCGUGGGGAUUACGCUCCAUCCUGCACAGCACGUUCUUCAAUGCUGAUAUCGAGUGUAAUCUUGUCAGCGCGUGGCUGAACCCGGCUUUUGCCGUUAUUGAUUCAAUGUCUUCGAGGGAAGAUUCAAACCCGUCCAAGGAAGUUGCAUUGGCCAUCUUAUUGACAAACCGCCAUCCCCGCCUCAGCAUCCUCUGGCUCAGCGCUAUACUUACGGACUUGGCAAAAUCUAUCCUGCGAGACGUGAAGGCUGGAAUGACAGCGUUGGAUCUUCCGGCUUCUGCUUGGGUUGGAGAAGCGCAGACGUUUUUGACUGCAAAGGUUGGGACUAGCAAUGGAGACUCGAUAUCGAUUCCCCGCGACGACGAGUGUCGGCUACUCUUCUUGACAGCCAGUGAAGGUCAUGACCGGCCUCCGGUUUGGACCUGGAAGCCGUUUGGCACUACGGAACUUUGCGAUACGGAGCUUUCGGUUCAAAAACAUGCCCAAUGUGUUGGUCAUGGCUUACAAUAUGAAUCUUGGGAAUGGUUGACCACCAAUUAUGAUAAUGAUAAUGAUAGAUUAAUCCACCGCCGGGUAGAAAAGAAUCCUAGCAGAGCCCAGAACCGAGCAGCAUGGCCAAUACCCCAAAACAAACCCCCACCAGCAGCCAUGCUCGACGACUAUCAACAAUACGACUUAUCCUCACAAUCCCUGUCCGAAUCAGCCACACGAGGGAUAUUCAGCUGGCUGCGCUCAACAGGUUACCCACUCAGCGAAAGACCCAUAUACCAGCACUCGUGGAUAGACCUAGAAGACACCGACGAAGAAGAGCCUGAGCCUGAUGACGCUGAUUCAAACGUGGGCAUCCAGCGGAGUACAAUGAAGGUGCAUAUGCAUGUUGAGGGCUGGCUUGAGGGUGUUGAAUAGCAUACAUUAGCACUUUCCAUUGAGA